GUUAUCCACCAUUAUAUAGGUACCAUGUUUAUAUCAUAUAAAUUAUAUUUAUUAUUUUAUAAGUUUAGAAAUAGAGGAAGGAUAAUAAUAUAGACAUGAUUUAAUUUCAACCCCAAAACUUUAAUCAACUAAUUUAUGGUCUGGCACUAAAUUACACUCCAUACGUACAUUUGUAGAACAAACAGAGUAUUAUAUUAAUAAAAGACUAAAUAAGUAAGCCACAACUCCAGCGCUAUAUAAAACCAGACCCAUUCACACAAAAGAAGGAAAAACGAAAAGAGAGAAAAUGAAGGCGAAAUACAGGGGAGCGUCUUCAAACAGAGCAAUAUACUGUUGGAAAGAGAACAAACCAUGUUCGAGAUGGGUUCAAAAAUACUUCAAAGAUUGCCUUUGUAAUGUUAGAGAUGAUCUUUCCUUUGGUUUUGGUAUCGUUAGUUUAAUAGCUUGGGCUGUUGCCGAGGUUCCUCAAAUCAUCACUAAUUUUCGCACCAAGUCUAGCCAUGGUGUUUCUCUUCUCUUCCUCAUUGGUUGGUUUCUUGGAGAUAUAUUUAAUCUAGCGGGGUGCCUUCUGGAGCCGGCUACGCUGCCAACCCAGUUCUAUACAGCUUUGUUUUACGCAAUUAGCACAAUAGUGCUAGUGUUGCAGAGCGUGUACUAUGAUUACUUCUAUUCGUGGUGGAAAUGUCGUCAUGAUAAGGUCCAUACCGAGGUUGAUCAAGAAGUGAAAAAACCACUGAAUCCGAAGCCAACAGAUCAGGCAGGUAUCCCAAUCCCGAGUUCUCCAGUAAGAGCACCAACACGAAGAUACUACAUGUCAGCAAGGUCUCUAGCUGGGAGUGACACACCCCCAUUCCGAUCUUAUCUGAGGUCGGGCCCUAGGAGCGGUCCCUCAGCAGUGGGGCUCGACGACCACUCAUCUUCAGAUGAUGAAGAGACUAAUCCUAUUCCCAUACCUGCUAAGAGAGGUACCACAGGCACUAGCCUACCGCGACAAAUUCCACGUCCUGCUGCUCGAGGAGCAAUGGUGGCCGUGUCUGUUAACUUGCCAAGUGGGGGCAAUGCAUUAUCAGAAGCUUACAGGGGCUUUACAGGGAGGAGGAUGUUGUUAAGCGAACAUGCUUCAGAACAUAGUGCAGUGGGUCAAUGGUUGGGUUGGUUGAUGGCUGCUAUUUACAUGGGCGGCCGGAUUCCUCAGAUCGUUUGGAAUAUCAAAAGAGGAAGUGUGGAGGGCCUGAAUCCACUGAUGUUUAUGUUUGCACUUAUUGCUAAUGUCGCCUAUGUUGCAAGCAUAUUGGCAAGACAUACAGAAUUCGAAGAAAUCAAAGCCAACAUGCCUUGGUUGCUGGAUGCUGUCGUUUGCGUGGUGCUUGAUCUAUUUAUAAUCAUGCAGUAUGUGUACUACAAACACAUGCGAAGGAGGAGUACUAGGGAGGCAGACCAAGAAUUCUACUACGAGGAAGCGCCAAAGCCAAUUGUAUCCUAGCUGUAGCAUUACAUAUACAACCGUUAGAAAGAUGAAAUUUGAGCUUAUAAUAGGACCUGAGGAUCAUGAGCAACUGUAUUCUUACUUCCUGUAUCAAUGUCUAAUGUCACUACGCUAACGGUGUUUAAUGUUCUGUAUAUGCUAACGAACAAUUAUGAACAAACUUGUCCUAGUUUUUCUAAUGCUUGUAUACAUUUUGCUCACAACUAUUAAGUAAAAUUUUUAGAUGCCUGUCUUAUUUUUAAAAUCG